AAUUUCCUCGAUAAUCAUGGUGGGCGAACAGGAGGUUGGACAGAAGAAGAACAUUCCAAGUUUUUAAAACAGCUCAAAGUAUAUCAACUCCAAAAAGUUCAAAAUAAAAAGUUGACAAGUGAACAUAAUGUAAGCGCUGCAGUUAAACAGACUGAGGAUGGAAGUGCAUUGCAAACUGAUGAGGCGAAAACAAUAAAGGACAAUAGUGAAGAUGAUUGCAUGUCUGAUUUUCAUCAUCAUCUAGCCAACCUGUUGAUGACAAAGACACCAGAAGAAGUGGCUAAACAUGUAAAAUGGUGGGAAGAAUACCAGAAACUUGAAGUUGGUAAACGUAAAGCUAUACAAAAAUGGAAUGAAAAUCGGCGUCUCAACUUACAAAGUAAAAGUAACUCAGAAACAGAUGAGUAUGAAAAGAUCAAUAAUGAUGGAUCCUGUUUAAUGAAAAAACAAAAACAGCGCAUGUCUGCAAGUCAGCUGGAGGCGAGAAAAGCUGAAUUAGAAUUAUGGCGUCAACAGAGAGAGGAGAUGAAACGACAAGAAGAGGAGAUUAAAAGACAAGCCGAAAUUGAAGCAAAACGUGCCCAAAUGAAAAUGAUAAAAAAGAAACAGGCAGAAUUACGCAAUAAAAUAACGGCGUAUAAAGAGGAGAAAAUGGCUGAAAAGUUGGAAAAUCUACGCUGUUUAGCAAUACAGGCUGAAAGUGAACGACUAAUUCGUCAACGUCAAGUAACUAGCGCUACAGAUCGUAUUCAACAAAGAACAGCAAAUCAAUUAAAUCAGUUAUCAGCCCGUAGAAAGGCGAAAGCAGAAAGAGAAAUAGGCAGACAGAAAUUAUUGGAACAAAUAAAGUUACAGAAUACGGUACAAGUUACCCGUGAUCGCGAACGUUUAAUCCAAUUGACAAAAGGUUGGGAGAUACGUUUAUCCCAACCGAAAACAGAGACUGUCAUUAAUCAAGGUUUGAAUUUAAGUUCACCAUCAGGUAGAAUGAUACCUGAAUGGAGAAGGAAUUUGUAA